ACACCAAAAACCUGAAUGACGCCUUUAAAAAGCGCCCCAAAAAUUCAAUUUAUUUCCCUUUUAACCUCACCUGGGCGCCACAAACCCCCCCCAAAAAAAUCCCCCAAAAAUUCCCAAAAAUCCCAAAAGACCCAAAAUCCCCGUUUUUGGCCCCAGCUGUCCAUCCACGAGACCGAGGACCCCAACGACAACCGGUACCUGCUGGUGAUGAAGGGCGCCCCCGAGCGCAUCCUGGACCGCUGCUCCACCAUCCUGCUGCAGGGCAAGGAGCAGCCGCUGGACGAGGAGAUGAAGGAGGCCUUCCAGAACGCUUACCUGGAGCUUGGGGGCUUGGGAGAGAGGGUUUUGGGUUUCUGCCACUUUUACCUGCCCGAGGAGCAGCACCCCAGGGACAGAUUCACAGAGGAAUUUUGGGGCAGAUUUUGGGGACAUUUCAGGGCCAUUUUUGGCCUGAUAUCAGGGUGAUUUUUUGGGUUAAUU